UUACUUUCAGAGAAUCUUUGAAUUGAGUAAAUUGAAACGUAACAAAAAUGAGUUCUCAUCACCGUUUAAAUCCAUUGUCUGGUGAUAUAGAACAUAUUAGUUAUCUGUCUGAUGAUAUUGGUGCUCUCUGUCUUUCUGAUGAUUAUUCAGAUGUGACUUUAAUUGUUGGUGGACAAAGAUUCAACGGACACAAAAUUAUAUUAGCUGCACGUAGCCAGUAUUUUAGAGCUCUUUUAUUUGGAGGAUUGAAAGAAUCAACGCAACGUGAAAUUGAAUUGAAGGAUGCCAAUUUGGCUGCAUUUAAAGGUUUAUUUGGGUACAUAUACACAGGACAUAUGUCACUAACAGACAGACGUGAAGAGGUGGUUCUGGAUAUUCUUGGAUUGGCUCAUCUUUAUGGGUUUUCAGAAUUGGAAACUUCUAUAUCGGAUUAUUUAAGAGAAAUAUUAAAUAUAAGAAAUGUGUGUCUCAUAUACGAUGCAGCGCUUCUUUAUCGAAUAGAAUGUCUUACAAGGGUUUGUCAAGGGUAUAUGGACAAACAUGCUUGCGAAGUGAUACAGAAUGAUAGCUUUUUGCAGUUAAGUGCUGCUGUUUUGAAUGAGCUUGUUUCAAGAGAUUCUUUCUAUGCACCAGAAAUCGAUAUCUUUUUAGCUGUGCAAGCAUGGGUAAAAGCAAAUCCUGAUGCUGAUGGCAAAAGUGUGUUAGAUAAAGUACGAUUAAGCUUGAUUUCUAUCACGGAUCUCUUAAAUAUUGUUCGACCGACUGGACUAGUUGCUCCUGACAUACUGUUAGAUGCAAUUGCUGCAAGAAUUCAAAUACGAGAUUCAGACCUUACUUAUCGAGGUAGACUGCUUAUAGAUGAAAAUGUUGCCCAUCCUAUGCAUGGCGCUCAAGUUUUGCAAGGUGAAAUGCGCAGUUAUCUCUUGGAUGGAGAUACAAGCAACUAUGAUUUGGAACGAGGGUAUACUAGGCAUACCAUUACGGAAUCUCGAGAACACUGUAUUUUAAUCAAAUUGGGAACCCAGUGUAUUAUUAAUCAUAUCAAGAUGCUGCUCUGGGAUAAAGAUAUGCGCUCAUAUUCUUAUUAUGUAGAAGUAUCUAUGGAUCAAAAAGAUUGGGUUCGAGUUAUUGAUCACACAGAAUAUUUUUGUCGUAGUUGGCAGUAUUUAUACUUUGAACCAAGAGUAGUUCUUUAUAUUCGUAUUGUUGGAACAAAUAAUACUGUAAACAAGGUAUUCCAUGUCGUCAGUUUUCAAGCUUACUAUACAAAUCAAAUAGAGAAGCUUUGUAAUGGUUUUGUUGUUCCAACACGAAAUGUUGCUACAAUGGAUCUCAGUGCUACAGUUACUGAAGGUGUUUGUAGAUCUCGCAAUGCUUUAUUGAACGGUGAUACCUCAAAUUAUGAUUGGGACAGUGGAUACACAUGCCAUCAGCUUGGUUCUGGAUCCAUUUUAGUGCAACUUGGACAACCAUAUAUUAUAGAUUCAAUGCGAUUAUUACUAUGGGAUUGCGAUAAUCGUUCAUACUCAUAUUAUAUAGAGGUGUCUGGUAAUUGUUGCAAUUGGGUUCUUGUUGCUGAUAAAACUAGAGAAGCUUGUCGUUCUUGGCAGACGAUUCGCUUCGAACCGCCUCGUCCUGUGGUGUUUAUACGUAUUGUUGGCACACAUAAUACGGCAAACGUGGUGUUUCAUUGCGUCCAUUUUGAAUGUCCUGCUCAAACAAACGACAAAGAUGUAAAGAAGUCUCCAAUUCAUAAAGGGAAGCAACCAGUAACGAAUGAUUCUAUGCUUUCAUUGGUAACAUCACCCCCAGAAACAGCUACAGAAGCAGUAAACAUUGAUCAUGAAGAGACAAAUUCUGUUUAUAACAAUGUAUCUUUGUAGUUGUCUUUAGUUUACUAGGUUUUCACACAGAAACUGCUGCACAAAAUUCUACCACUACUGAUUUAAUUACAUGUUGAAUCUCAAUUUUUAUUUUCCAAACAUUACGUUAAUUUCCUGAGCUGAAUGUUACAAAUUUGUAUAAUAUUAAGUAAGUUAUGAUUGUAAAAAUAGUU